UGCGUUUACCACGUGGACGAAACUUGUAUUUCUUGCAUCGGGCUGCUAGGAUGCCAUUAAAGAUUUCUACAAAUUAUUUUAGCGAUCGUGAUCGAGAUGUUAUGGAUUCUAUCGCUGUUGAUUUUAUGUUAUCUUUAAUUUUUUUCAGCUCCGCUGGAUUAUUACGCAAACGGCAAGAGAAAAAGAGAAGCUGCCAUUUCCGGUAACAUCUAUAAAAUGUCUAUAAAAUGAAGGCAAUUGUCCAUCUUCUAGAGGUGGAAUAUAAAUGUUAAUAAACUUACUCAGAAGAGACAAAUAAUGUGUGAUGUGCUAUUCAUAUCAGUGUUGCCAUUUCAGAGUGGAUCCUUCCAGAAUCAUUGUGUCCAAGUGAAAACCAAACCAUUGGAUUUUGACAUAAAGGAGACUAAGAAAGCAUUAUGUUCAUUACAUUCUGGAAAAGGUAAUAUAUGAAAAUAACUGUAAAAAAAAAAAUCAACGUAACUUCAGACUUCAGUUUGCUGUGCUGUGUUGCUUCACAGUUGGUUUUUUUCAUUGGGUGCUGCUUUGUCCACUUUUUAAGUAUAACUUUAGUGGCACAUGGAAAGAACCAGAAAACAGGAGCACCUCUCAAAAACUGUAACAAUAAGCAGGUCAACAGAAGGCUAGUGACCAACUGCAUUUGCUAAUUGGAGUGAAGGACACAGCUUAUGUUUCAAUGUGAUUGGUGGGUUUAAUUUAUAUAAGGCAGACCCCUACAAUACAAGGAAAGGGAGAAUCUCUGACUGCACAGGAGUCUCCUUUCUUUGUAUGACAUGGAAAACAAUAAGCAUAUUAAGGAAGAAAACUGUGAAUGGGAAUGCAGGCAACAUCAGAUGAUUUGUAGCAUUGAGAAGAAGGAAGAUUAUAAAUUGGAACUAAUAAAUGUUAAAAGAGAAUCUGAGCCAACAUCAGAUACAAGUGCCUUGCAGCUAAAUACAAUUUUAAACCAUAUCAAGGCAGAAGACUUCAAAUCAGAGUCUGUCUCUCAAUUUGUAUGUCCAGAAGAAGAGUUAACUGGAACAGACUUCACAAAAAGUAGAUCUCACUCCUUCCAGAAUGAUUAUGUCCAAGUGAAAAGCGAACCUUUGGAUUGUAACAUAAACGAGACAGAGUAUGCAUCAUGUUCAGCGCAUUCUGAAGAAGAUUUACAAGACGGACGGACUGUCUCUCAGUCUUCGUUUUUUCAGGCUUCUCUUCACUGUAGACCACAGCAAAAUGAAGUUGUCAAAAAACUGACAUCGGAAUCAGAGAUUCUGACACCAGCCUCCGUUAAAUACAGUUCUCUACGUGUUGUGAAAUUAACAAGGGUAAGAAUAAUCCAUACUAAACGACAGGAACACAAUGCAAAAUCUACAGCGCUGGAUGUUUGCCAAAAGCAGACAAGAACUUUUAAAGAGAAAUUGAGAUCUGAACUUUACAGCAGUCACACACAACAGAAGCCAUACUGUUCUGAAUGUGGAAAACAAUUCUUUAGCAAAAGCAGCCUUGCAAGACACAAACGAAUACACACUGGAGAGAAGCCAUAUUACUGUAAUGAAUGUGGGAAACAAUUUAAAACCAGUGGUGAUCUUAAGACCCACACAAGAAUUCACACAGGAGAGAGGCCAUAUUGUUGUUCUGAGUGUGGCAAACAAUUCUCAAGGAGUAGUUCUCUUCGGGUUCAUUCAAGAUUGCAUACGGGAGAGAAGCCAUAUUGCUGUUCUGAGUGUGGUAAGCGAUUUUCUGAUCUAAGCAAUCAUAAAAGUCAUGCAAGAAUUCACACCAGAGAGAAGCUAUUUCACACUUCUGAAUGUGGCAAACAAGUUUCUGACAAUCUGCAAUCUCACAAAGGAGAAAUGCCAUAUAGCUGUUCAGAGUGUGGCAAAGGAUUUAGCACAAAUGGCAAGCUUCAGAUCCAUUUAAAAAUGCACACUGGCCAGAGGCCAUAUUGCUGUUCUAACUGUGGAAAAUGAUUCUCUAGGAGUGGCAGAUUUCAAAAACGUAAAAGAUUUCAUAUUGGAGAAAGGCCAUAUCGGUGUUUGGAUAGUGGCAAACAGUUCUUUAAUAAAAGCAAUCUCCAGACUCAUACAAUAAUUCACACAAGAGAAAUGCCAUGCUGCUGUUUGGAAUAUGGCAAAGGAUUUAGCACAAAUGGCAAGCUUCAAGUCCACUUAAGAAUACACAAUGGAGAGAAGCUUUAUUGCUGUUCUGACUGUGGCAACAUAUUCUCAAGGAGUAGUACUCUUCAGGUCCAUUCAAGAGUACACACUGGAGAGAAGCCAUAUUGCUGUUCUGAGUGUGGUAAAUGAUUCUCUACGAGUAGCAGCUUACAGAGACAUAAGAGAAUUCACAGUGGAAAGAAGCCAUGUUGCUGUUCUGACUGCUGCAAAAGACUCACUGAUAAAAGCAAUCUUCAAAGUCACACAAGAAUUCACAAGGAAAAAUCCAAAGUAAAUGGUAUAUGAUUUAUAGCAGUAAGAUAUGCCUGAAGAGUGAGGUUCACUCCUAUUUUGACAGUAAGCAUGAAAAGCAAGGUAGGAAUUCAACUGAAUGUUCUGUUUACCAGCCCCUGACUCUGAUGAACACAUUCAGUAUGUGAAGUUACUGGGAAAAGUGUUUGCUUGUUAUUUGCAAACUGGUAUAUCCAAAUCAGACCAGUUUUAUUGUAAUUCACCACUUUGCUGACAAUGUGCUCCAUCUCUUGUGAAUUAUCAGUAGUGACUGUUUGAAAGCCCUACCUCCCUAGUGCACUUUUUUAUUAGAUACAGAGGCUUUUGACUGGCUCAGUUAAUACUAUCCAGGGAGAGUCUUGGAAACACAAUAUUGAUUCCUUUUCCUUUGUUUUAUUCAUUCUUUUUAGUAUUUAGGCAGUAUAAUGUUAUCUUCUGUUAAAAACAUUGUUUCUUCUAAUUUUGGCAAUGCAAUUAAACGAUUUUAAGCAUUCACCUUUUUCAGCAAAUGAAUCAACUUAUUAUCCCAGCUUUAAUUAGCUAUCAGACAGAUAAUCACCCUUCCUUCUUUAAAGUUUCUGAGUCAAAUGAUCCCACUCCAAAUUUAUUAGUAUUAGGAAAACAUCAGGGGCCUUUUGUAUAAGGCCGUGCAUAGAAUUCACACUAAAACAUGGCAUAUGGAGAAAACUGGAAAUGUGCAUACACAGAAAUAAAUUCAGAUGCAUUAAACUGUGCGUACACCAAGUUCCACACAUUUCUCCUACUGGACAAAAAAUAGGACACAGUGAAGAAAAAAUAUAAUGAAAUGUAGACUUCAAUAUCAAAGUU